UAUUUACGACAUAGCGUUAGUUGGAAUGUCAGAACAGCAUCCCGUCUCAAAGGUACUUGGUAGUGGAUGACGUACGGAAGAUAGGCGGGUUGAACCUCUGGAAGAUCCACGCUUCCCUGACAGAAGCUUUGCUUUUCCGGCAGAAGCUCGACCGUCUCCGACUACAAAUCUUUUCCCGGGAGAAUAUGGCGACAGAUAAAUACUUUGCUCUCAUCCCCUUCACCUGGACGGCGUGCAACAACCGCCCACUUACGUUCGCUUCGACAUCGCUCCUUUUCAAGACGAUGAUUAUCUCCUUCCUCAACUACCAAGCCGACGAAUACAUGGAAGGCGUCGUCACGCCCAACCUCGGCGGCUCUGUGGCGAACGCGCGAAAGCAGAUAGGCGAUCUAUUCAUCCGCGAUGUCCCUGAUGAUUUGGACAAGCCCGUGUACGGAAGACUAGCACAGUUUAUCAAGCAUGUCCUAGCGGACGAAGACGUUGCGAGUGCCAGCUUCUGGGACCGCAAGCAUCUCGAGCAAAAACUGCGCGCAUUCCUCCUCGCGCACGUCGAUCAAAUCGAGGGCAACUUCUCUUUCGAGGCCCAGUCGGACAAGGACAUGUUCAGCUCGGCGUCCCGCACAUUCCACAACUGGGUGCACACCACAUCGGCAUACCACACGCCAUGCCCCCUACUAUUCCCUCGCUUACCUAUCAUGCUUGAUUUCCUGGACUUCAGCGCCACGACCAUGCCCACACCUGCAUGCAGCAGCAGCAGCAUCGACGACAGGAAGCACGUGCUGUUUGAGCUGGCGGAGUACGAGCAAGCCGCGCUGGAAGAAGCGCUCAGGCGCCUGCGCAAAGAGGCGGAAGGGCCGGGGAUCACGCCGGCGGUGGCGAGGGCGGAGAGGAGGAAGAUGGCGGUCUGGGAUAUGUUUGUGGAUGUGACGAAUUUGUACGGCCAGAUUUAACUACGUGGUUCGUGACAUGUCGAGUCGGAUUAAGCAGAAGUAGAUAUAAUGUAGAUGCUAGGUAGAUACUAGGAACAGUACCUAACCGCGACUGUUGCCUGGGUGGGCCUUAGAUGCACUGCGCUUCUACUUUUCUCAUCUCUCGUACUUACCUUUAAUGUUAAUAUUUUUGAAAUUACAUUCUAGUAUAUGAUUUAACA